CCGGCGCCCCGUCCUCUCUUCUGAAGCUGAGUGCACACGGGCACACGCCCGGGACAAUGUGUUUUUUUCAUUGUUGGGAGAAUUGGCUUUAUUUUAUUCCCAAAAAUGUGGCCAGUUGUCUUGGCAGCACCUGGAUGCGUGCCCUGGUGAAUUCAGCGUGGAUGUUUGGAUUAGAUGCUGUGCUUCAGAGUGGGCCGUUUUUAGAUUGGUCUUAAAACAUGUCCUGCAUCUUAAUGCGUGCAUAUUUUCCAGUGCAUGACCUCAAAGCGCAGACAUCGGAUACGUGUUAAUCCUCCUCUUUUGGCCGGAUGGUGAACACCACUAGAGGGUCCUCUUGCACAAUGUUUCCACCAUUAUCAACCAGCGCCGUAGAUCAAGGACUUCAUGUGUGGCGGUGUGAUGUCUUUGUCAUCAUGCACCAGUGUGACUUUCACCCUUUUAAGUUGGCAGGCCCACUAUGCUUAGUCCUUUGAUGCUGGGAGAGAGGUCUAAGAUUCAUGACUGAGCGACUGGUUCCGCAAGAGCAGGGGAACGGGGGGGUGACGGAGGAGAAGGACGCUGCUGCCCAAGACCUUAGCUCCCCCCUGGGCAGCCCUACUGUGUUUCAUGUAGUACACCACACCCAGACACGUCCCAGCAGGGGCAGUGAUUUAAGGGUACAGUAAGCCCAGUUGUAUCUGUAAACCAUCCCAUCGGUCACACGGCUCUAUUUUUAGUUUCUCAACCUCCCCUUAUUAUUAUUAUUUACGAGUCAAAUGAAAUGGAAUUCAGACUUUAAAACUACUUCCAGCUGUUGCCUCUCACAAACAUCCCGGCGUGUGUCGAAUGCUAUACAUGUCAUGGCCCCUUCAGUUCAUGUUUGUCCUGGUAUUGAUUGCUUUGAUGGUCUAUCUUGAGGUUAUCUGCUCCCAAUGGCUUCCGAUACAGCAUAGAGCAUGGGUUUUCAGGUGCGGGUCAUUUCAGGGAAUAGGAAGGAAAAACACUGCCAGUAAGAUAAGGGAGGCCAAUGUGUUUGGCCCUAGCAAACAUUGCACAAGCCUUAUUUGUAGGGUAACAUGGAGAGUUAACACGCGGGGCAGGCUUGCGCAGAUCGGAGGAUUUUGGUGGAGGUUUUAAUGGCCUUUUAGGAUCUUUAUAUAUGCUGUUCUAACAAGCAUCAACUGGUUUUCCCUAUUUGGAUCACGGCUAGGGUGGGGAACAGUGUAGCGGGAAGAGGAGCACUGCCUACCAAUUCUAUAGGGGAUUUCUGUCUCAGCUCUCAUUGUAAUAAGGAAUGCGGGAUUAUUAUGUUUUACGGUUGUUCAACAAGCUAUUGUUCAACAAGUGCUUCACACAGGGUACAAGGAAAAGAUUUGUCUCGCGUUGGAACAAUUUAGAAAACGGUCCAUGACGCGACGCAUGUCAUGGGCAGUGUUUUCUGUACUUCCAACGUCGCAAUCAAAUCGACCUUUGCACCACUUGAGCGAUCAACGGUUCACUGCUCGCUUCAGGGAGCAACGACUGGUCGGUGGAUAUGAAGCCAGGGCUGACAACUCUCAAUCGGCAGGGCAGGAUGUGCCUCUCCAACCCUGGAAGUUUAGACAGCAACUACCCAGAGUGUGGCGGCGGCGUUGGUGGUGGCGGCGGCGGGCUGCCGACCAAGGUGAAGAGGAGCAAGAGCAGCCUGGGCAAUGGCAGCUUCAGGAGGAAGGCGGAGUCGAUGAAGGCGCUGAGCCUGGAGGAUGCCGCGUUGGACCCCCAGAGGGAGCGCAGGCCCCUCACCAGACAGCAGCCAGUCAGGUCACAGACGUUUGAUCUGGAUAGCAAAACCUUUGAGAGAACCAACAGCAACGGACCUCAAAGUAGCUUCGUCAAGCACAACAAGACAUUCCACAAGCUGUUCCCGGACAUUCCCGAGGGAGAAGACUUGAUCCACGCGUACAUCUGCGCGUGGCAGAAAGAAGUGCCCUACCACGGACGACUGUACAUCACAGAGACCCACGCCUGCUUCUACUCCUCGGUCCUGCUCAAAGACACCAAGGCGGUCAUUCCCGUGUCCUCCAUCCAGAAGGUGAAGAAGCAGAACAUGGCGCUCCUGGUUCCCAACGCCCUCUCCAUCCGCACCAGUGAGGGAGACAAGUUCCUGUUUGUGUCUCUGAGGAACCGUGACGCGUGCUACCAGCUGCUCUGCUCGGUCUCUCCUCGGUUAGAGGCGGGCAGCACCAAUAGCAGUUUGAUCUCGUCUUCAGCGGAGAACAGUGAGAAGACCAAACUAGUGGUGUUCUCAUGCGCUGCCCUUCUCCCGUCCUCCCGACAGAACUCCAGCCAGUCGAGUCUGGACGACAGCUUUGACCACCCCGACUCCGCCGCCCCCCCAGGCCUCCUGCUGGAGCCCUCCCCGACAGAAACCCUGAAAGUGCCUAAUGGGAGCCUUCCCUCCCCGAAGUGUCGGCUCACACCGCACAGAGACCUCUCCUCCUCCUUCUCCUCCUCCUCCUCCUCCGAGCUGCCCAUGGAAGAAGGCGGGUGGUGGAUGUGCAGUGUGACGCGGAGAGCUAGGUCUCUGCUGUACCAGAGAGAGGCAAGCACCCUCAACACACUCCUGGUCAUCUACCUGAUCCUGGUAAUGCUACUGCUGCUAUCGUCAGGCUACAUCGGCCUGCGCAUCGUCGCGUUGGAGGAGCAGCUGAAUCUACUGGGGGCUCUCCCAGAGUUCUCUCUGAACAGCGGGUAUCAAGACACAUAGCCCUCAUUGGCUGAACCGGAAAAUGACUUGAGCUGUGAUUUGGAGGACCACUACCCUGCAGUAACCAAUGGGAGGGAUUGUUUCUGAUGCAUUCAGACUGUCCCCCCCCGUCCGUCCGUCCCCCCGGACAUUGCCCCUCUGGUCGCUGGUUCGGCCUGCAGGAACAGCGGGCUAACCUGUGCAAUCUCCCACUGACACCCUGCUGUGGAAACACUGGGGUACCCCCCCCCCUCCUCCUCCUCCGAAGGGCUAAACCUCAUCACCUUGUCCUCCACCCGAGAUGGAGCACACCGGGCUGGGAGAAUGGACCCCCUUCAACGCUCCGGAGCUAAGCCGACAUGCGUCUCAUGCACACCCACAUGCACAAGCGCGCGCACACACACACACACACACACACACACAGACCCUCUGCCUGGCUGCAGUGGGCGUCGGUGUGGUUUCGUACCAAAGCCAAAUGACUCCUGGGAACACGUGCCACGGCGUUGACUGAUCACAGAUGUUUUCUAACGGCGACUCCUCCCCUCUGUUCUUCCUACGUCGGGAGUCGGUUAUCCCUCCUCUUCUACCGAUCGCACCCUUUCGAUCCAGCGCUGCACGCAACCAAAGAUGCACCAGGUGCGAGCGUGCUUUGCAUGGGGUGCUGGGCGACGACCUCUCUAUGGCUUUUACCCGUGUCCUCUUUGCAUUUCCUCCGACCACAUCCUCCCCAGUGGGUAGCUACACAAAUUUGCCUUGUGUGCAGUCGGUCGCCAAUCAUCGGGUACUCGGGUCUCAAAUGACGAUUACCUUAAAGUUUAUAAACUGCUAGCAUCAGAUCCGCCCAGAGGUGGGUCUCGGUUCUCUACAGAAGGCCUGCACCCCCUCUCGUCUUCUCCCCGUCGUUAGUCUUUAAUCCUAGAGUACAGUGUUAAUCCCCCCCCCCCCAAACCCAGCAUUGGGAAUGAUUUAAUUAUUUAAUGAUCGAUGCUUGGUGGGUUUAAUUCCCCACCGCUCUUGACCUGGGCUUCCGAUGCACGAGCCCACUGAGACCGAAGCACGCAAGCUGGACUUGGCUUUGCUGAUGGGCUCUGGGUAGACCACCCGUCCGAACGACCACUUGGUCGGGGACAGCGGUUGUGGUUCUAAGACUUAUUGAGGCUCGUCGCUGAUACUUUAUCCAUGUAUCGACAGCGUUGUGGUUUAGGAAACGGGGAGGGAACGUACAGGCCUCCAGGGUUCUGGUGAAAGACCUGGAUCAUCAGGGGGCAUUUUAACCGGGAUGUUUAUAAAAAUGACACCGAUACUGUAUUUGCAGAGAUGGCACCGUAUGUGUGUGUUGAGCGUCUGUGAUCUCAUUUUUAGCCACCUGAAAUGGGACCAGAUCCUUUUUAGAUUUCUAAACUAUGAAAACCACACUGUUAUUGUGAGGUCGGAGGUUUCAACUAAAAGCAAAAACGUGGUGGUCCAAAAAAAACUAUUUCAAUAUGCAAGGAGUGAUUAUGCAUGUAUAUAUCUAACAAAAAAAAAGUCUUUUCUAUCGUGUCGUUGUUUUAAAUUGAAGUUGGGCUUGUCUCGACAAGAAAUGGCGAGGGUGAAGAAGCUGUGCACUUUAUUGAGACGUGUGAUUCGCCCGUCCUGACCCCAAAACACGUCCCACCUGGGCAGGAGAGGGUGGCCGUUUGUCCUGCGUUUAUUUUUAUUUUCUUCCUUUUAUUUCUGUUUUCUCUCGACCUUGCAAAGACUUUGUUUGUUUUUCUCCUCUUUUUUUUUUUUCUUCUCUUUUUAAAUUAUUUGUCACUCAGGGGAGGUGGGUGCUGAUGUCGACGAGGGAUUUUGGGGGGGGGUUCACUCCUAGCACCUCACCUCUUGUCACCGACCUGGCGGUCUGAUUCUACCCUCCGGGCUAAAUGCACGCUACAUUGACCCUCGCCCGGGUACGGAGCGCUAAAUGAGAGCCUUGUCCUCGCUGAAUAACCACAAGGGGGGGGGGGGAGGGGGGGCUCUCAGCACUUUGUCUGCUUUAUCUUGUUUAUCUUUUAUGUAACUCCAUUUUUACACGUCUCAGAUCCUGCACCAUCGCGUGACUUUUAAAUCAGUUGUUCCCCCCCCCGCCCCCCGGUGCAAAACGAAAGUACUGAAAUCUAAUCCUGACCGAACGAAGUAUGGCGCAGUACUGUCGGUUCUCAAAACAUCAACCCUGCCUCCCACUAGGUGGCAUGGGGUAAGCACACACGAAUCACUGCCCUCAAAGAACACAAUGCAACGAGCUACACGACGGAGGCAGUAUGUGAUUUUUGCACUAUUCAAAGUGUUGUUAACCAAUGAUUUGUACCGAUUUCGUUGUCUUUAAUUCUAUGGUCAUAUAUAGAUAUAUAUUUAUUUGCAUUAUGUCAUGCAAAGUGGUCUCUGUGAGAUGGCUUUGUUAUUGUUUAAAAUAAAUCAAGUGUUGGAAGAAUUACAUAAUGCUUUGUGUGUGUUUUUUGUGUGUGAGGAAGAGGUGGAUCUCACUCUUUGAUAAUAUCUAAAAAGCAAUUGGCCAUGCAGUUCAAAUAGGCCGAUUGGUUUAUAUGACCAGGGGAACUAUUCACUCAUCUUGACACAAACUCCAGAGGCUGUCUGGACCCAGACUGCUUGAUGCACGUGAGAAUUUGUUAAACACAAGCUUGCUGGAUCAGUCUGGUUCCCAGGCUAGAGAAUUUGAAUACUUCGCACAAAAUGUAAAUUUCUACUGGAAAAUGUGUUGACACUGCAGCAACAAUGCGGGACCCGUUUCCUACUCUCGUGAAAGAAGGAAACGUUUGUUAUUCGUUCAAACUUCUGCAAUUCAUAUAUUUUAAAAAUAAUUUGCAUUACUUUAGCCUCUGA